UGUCUUUCAUAAGAUUCACUUUUCCAAUGUGAUAUCUGUUUAAUUAACUAACAUCUGAUUAACAUUAUUUCUAUUUCAUCCCAGCAUUGUAUUAAACUUUACCUAUUUAAGUGUCUGUUUUAUUCUGAAUGCAUUUAGAUUCCCUGUCUUCUUCAAUACAGUGUAAUCAUCUUGGUAAUUUGUUGACAAUUAAUAGGUCAAAGAAAUCACAUUUCUAAUUGAAACUCAAUUGAACUUUUAUCCAUCAAAAUCACUUGGCCCGUCAAUCAACCGUAUCUCUACUCAAUUCACUUCUAUCACCUUAUGCACUUUUGUUUCUUAAAUAUUCUGCCUUGUUAUUGUUCUUGUUAUCAUUCAAAUUUAUAAUGUCUACUGGAAACAUGACUGAUUCUAUUGGAGUCUCGAUUGCCUUAGGCAUGAUCAAGACUGUGGUCUGUGCCUACGAUUUAAUGACUUUACCCAUCUACACAAUUGUACAACAACCUUGGCAAAGAAGCCGAGCCAGGAAUAAAAUCAGAGCUAAACCAGUUAAGGAAGAUAAUUGCUACUCAGAAUGGCGUCGGGUUGAAUCACCUCCCGAUCAUUUGAUGCUUCAUGCAGAAACUAUUGACUCCUUAUUUAUGCAGACCAGUAAACUAUAUGCUGAUAAAAAGUGUCUCGGUUUUCGUGAAGUUUUCGGUGAAGAAGAUGAAAAACAGCCAAAUGGUAGAGUUUUUCGUAAACUGAUUCAAGGAGAUUUCAAAUGGUUCACCUACAGUGAAGUAAAUCAAAGAAUUACUAAUGUUGCUCGAGGUCUGUAUCUAAGUGGCCUUAAACCUGGCGAACCGGUGAUGAUUUUUUCAGAGACUAGAUUAGAAUGGUUCCUAAGUGCAAUGGCUGCUUUUCGUCUUGGAGCAAGCAUUGCAACCCUUUAUGCUACGCUUGGUUUGGAAGCUUUGAUUCAUGGAAUAAAUGAAACUGAAGUGACACAUUUAAUAACAACUUAUGAUUUGUUGCCAAAGAUAAAGUCAAUCAUCAAUAAGUUACCUCACCUUAAAUGUAUUAUUUACAUUGAAGGUCCUAAAAGACCUGACCUAACUGACUUUGGAUCCAUUGAGCUAAUUUCUUUCACCCAAAUUGAACUUAAUGGUUCUUCAUCAAAACAAUCUAUUCAAUUUGAGCCAAGGAAAGGUGAUGAUCAAGCAGUCAUCAUGUACACCUCCGGUUCUACUGGAAUUCCUAAAGGAGUAAUUAUCACUCAUAAAAAUAUUCUUGGGACCAUGAAAGGUUUCUAUGCUGUUGCAUACAACAUGACCACCGAUAAUAUUUACAUGGCCUAUCUUCCAUUGGCUCAUGUUCUCGAAUUAGCUGCUGAAAGUUUCUUCAUCUCAAUGGGUAUUCCACUUGGUUAUUCAUCUCCUCAUACCAUGACUGAUAAAUCAACAGCGGUUAAGAAAGGUUGUAGAGGUGAUGCUCCUGUUCUUAAGCCAACCAUUAUGGCAGCUGUUCCAUUAGUUCUGGACCGUAUAAAGAAAGCAGUGACUGAAAAUAUCGAUGCUCAAGGACCUUUCAUGAAAAGCUUUUUUAGGUUUGCUUUGGAAUACAAACAAUACUGGAUUAAAAAUGGUUUCCAAACUCCUUUACUUAAUAAAAUUAUCUGUGGUAAGAUAAAAGCCAUGUUGGGUGGAAAAAUAGAAUACAUGGUUUGUGGAAGUGCCCCCUUAGCUCCAGAUACUCAUGAUUUUAUUCGAAAUACUUUAAACGUUACUCUCAUUUCGGGUUAUGGUCUAACUGAAACUGCAGCAGGAGCCACAAUCAUGGACUUUGAUGAUUACAGUGUUGGACGAGCUGGACCUCCUCUUUACGGACUCUCAGUUAAAUUAUCAGAUUGGGAUGAAGGUAAUUAUCAUCCUCGAGAUAAACCAAAUCCACGAGGUGAAGUCAUCAUUGGUGGAGAUUGUGUUACUGCUGGUUAUUACAAGAAUCCAGCAAUGACAGAUGAAUUUUACAAAUUAGAAGAUGGUAAAAGGUGGUUUUACACCGGAGAUAUCGGAGAAAUUUAUCCUGAUGGAACAAUAAAGUUAAUCGACCGUAAAAAAGAUUUGGUUAAAUUACAAUAUGGAGAGUACAUUUCACUUGGAAAGGUUGAAACUGAAUUAAAAAUCUGUCCGAUUGUUGACAACAUUUGUGUUUAUGGUAAUUCUUAUCAUGACUAUUUGAUUGCCAUCAUUGUACCAAAUGAAAAAGCUCUUCGAGGCUUAGCCAAACAACAUGCCCGAGAACAUUUAUCACUUUCACAACUCUGUAAAGAUCCUGUUAUUCUGGAUGCCGUUAAAAAGAUUUUAGUCGAUCGAGCAACUCAGGUUAAACUGAAUCGAACCGAGCAACCAGCCAAGAUAUUACUUGUCGAUGACGAUUGGACGCCAGAUAGUGGAUUAGUGACUGCAGCCAUGAAAAUUAGACGUAAAAAUAUUCAAGAGCGUUAUAUUGAUGAAAUCAAUCGGCUCUACAACAUAUUAGGCUCUAGUGUUCAAUCAGCUUGAUCCUUUAAUUAUAAAUUAUCUUCUAGUUCCAAAUCUUUUCUUCUCCCUCCUCUCUUAUAAUUACAAUGUUAUAGAUUUGAGAUGCUUUAUUUUAGCAUCACUACUCUAUUUAUUCAUGUAACUAUAUAUUUCUCUAUUACUAUUUCUCAUCAUCCUAUUACAAUCAUCUUCAUAUUCAUCUGCAAAGUUCAUUGUAACUACACACUCAAAGGAUAAUAUCUUUACCCACUCUUCGCAAUUCCUCUUGGUGCUAAUCAAAUAACAUCCAGAAAACUGCAUUUUUUGUUUUCUUUAGUUGGUUUUUUCCUCUUCUUCUUUUUCUCAUCUCAAGAUGAUAUUUUUUUGUUUCUUUUUUUCCAAAAUCAAUUUCUUUUUUUCCUCUCAAUACUUUUGUUAAUCUCUUUUAAAUCAAAAGAGCAACAACCCUAAAGGUUUCCACCAAAUUAAGGAAGAAUAUGCAGAAUCAAUGAAAUUAUAAUGUAUAAAUAUUCACUUUAAUUUGUAGUACAAUUGGUAUUAGCUUUAAGUUUUAAUAAUUUAUUGAUCCUGUAAUGGCCAGUGUUUUUAGACUCACGAAUUUAAAAUUUCAUGAGCCUGACUCAAGAAUCAAUCAUUAAAAAGUUCCAGUUGGUCUUUUUUAUUCCAAAA